AUGAAGGGUUUCUGGUUCUUUACCGUUUUGGUUGUGUUUCUCUUUUACAAUGCAGCUUCAGCUAAGUUAUGUACAAACGGUUUUCUCGAGCCUUCAACACAUUUUAGAUUCGAACUCUUAACAUCCAAAAAUGAAACUGGGAAACAAGAAGUUUUCUCUCGUUACCAAAUUAAACCAGCUCAUUAUCAUCCGCAAUAUGACUCGGCGAGGAAGCUGUUGAGUGUGGAAGAUGAUGCCAACUGGGCAUCAUUAAUGUACAAGAAGCUUAAAAUUCCGCGCACGUUUCAAUCGCCUGGAAAAGAUUUUCUUGGAGAAGUCUCCUUGCAUGAUGUAAGACUGGAUCCCAAUUCAUUGCAUUGGAUUGCACAGCAAACGAAUUUGGAGUAUCUGUUGUUGCUUGAUGUUAAUAGUUUAGUUUGGAGCUUCAGAAAAACGGCUGGUUUUUACACUCCUGGAAAUCCUUAUGGAGGCUGGGAAGCACCAGAUGUUGAGCUCCGGGGUCAUUUUGUAGGGCAUUACAUGAGUGCUACAGCACAAAUGUGGGCAAGCACUCACAAUGAUACUCUCAGGGAAAAAAUGACAGCAGUGGUGUCUAUUUUAUUUGAGUGUCAGAAUAAAAUGGGAACUGGGUAUCUUUCUGCUUUUCCAACUGAGCUAUUUGAUCGUGUUGAAGCUCUAAUACCUGUUUGGGCUCCAUACUACACCAUUCACAAGAUCCUGGCGGGUUUAUUGGAUCAAUAUACUUUUGCUGGGAAUAAUCAAGCUUUAAAAAUGAGCAUAUGGAUGGUUGACUAUUUUCACAAUCGUAUUAAGAAUGUCAUAAAGGAGUUCAGUAUCGAAAGACACUUCCAGUCUCUUAAUGAAGAAUCUGGUGGCAUGAAUGAUGAGCUUUACCGGUUGUUCAGCAUCACGAAAGAUCCAAAGCACUUGCUGUUGGCUCACCUCUUUGACAAACCAUGCUUCUUGGGGUUGCUUGCUGUACAGGGUAAUGACAUUACUGGUUUCCAUGCCAACACUCAUAUCCCAGUUGUUAUUGGAGCGCAAAAGCGGUAUGAAGUCAUUGGUGAUGAACUUUCCAAGGCAAUCGGGAUGUACUUCCUGGACAUUAUCAACUCUUCUCACAGUUAUGCAACAGGAGGAACAUCAUCAGGAGAGUUCUGGCACGAUCCAGACCGAAUGGCAACCACUUUAGGCACAGAGACUGAAGAAUCAUGCACAACUUAUAACAUGCUGAAGGUCGCGCGCCACCUGUUUACAUGGACAAAUGAAAUGGCUUAUGCGGAUUAUUAUGAAGGCACCCUGACAAAUGGAGUCAUCGGUAUCCAACGAGGAAGAGAACCUGGAGUGAUGAUUUACAUGCUUCCUCUAAACCGUGGAAAUUCCAAGGCAGUAAGCUACCAUGGAUGGGGAACAAGGUUUAACUCCUUUUGGUGCUGUUAUGGCACAGGGAUUGAAUCAUUCUCUAAGUUGGGAGAUUCCAUAUAUUUUGAAGAGCAAGGAAAAGUUCCUGGCCUUUACAUCAUCCAGUUUAUAUCAAGCACAAUCAAUUGGCAACGUGGACAGUUUUCUCUCUAUCAGAAUGUUGAUCCUUACGUUUCUUGGGAUCCUUUCCUUCGAUUGACACUGACAGUCACUUCGAGAGCGGCUGACCAAUACUCCCUGAUUUUGCGGAUACCAUCUUGGACACUAUCAAGUGGUUCCAAGGCAACAUUGGAUGGCCAGAGUUUACCUGUACCAGCUCCAGGUUUAAUUUGGUAAUUUUCUACCUUUGACAAAAAAUGGAGCUCUGGUGACAAACUAACUCUUGAGCUGCCCAUCACUCUCAGGACUGAGCCUAUUAAAGAUGACCGGCCGGAAUAUGCUUCUCUUCAGGCGAUACUUUUCGGUCCUUAUCUGCUAGCCGGUCACACAAAUGGGGACUGGGACAUCAAGGCUGUUGCAGGCCAUCCUCCUUCAGAAUGGCUAAGUCCAAUACCAGCCUCAUACAAUGAUCAACUAUUUACAUUUUUCCAAGGCUCUGGAGAAUCAACUUUUGUGUUAACAAACUCAAACCAAUCAAUCACAAUGGGAAGACUCAAUGUAUCCGGCACUGAGGCUGCUCUUCAAGCCACUUUCCGAAUCAUCCUCACUGAUCCGUCCGCCAAAUUCUCAUCCAUCAAAGAAAUUAUUAGAAAAUCCAUCGCGCUAGAACCAAUUGCGUUUCCAGGAAUGCUUGUAGCGCAACUAGGAAAAGACCAUAAACUUAUUGUCCAGGAUGCCUCCAGUGCUCAGCCCUCUACUUUCAUUUUGGUUCCAGGAUUGGAUGGAAAGGACACAGUAUCCUUGGAAUCAGAAACUCAGAAGGGUUGCUUUGUAAAUAGCGGCAGGAAGUUGAAAAUAAAGCUCAGCUGCAACACAGGGUCAUCAGAUGCCAAAUUCAACAAUGCAGCUAGCUUUGUAAUGGGGAAAGGAAUGAGCGAGUAUCAUCCGAUUAGCUUUGUGGCAAAAGGAGUGAGGAGGAAUUUUCUUCUGGAACCACUGUACAACUUUAAAGAUGAGUCUUAUACAGUUUACUUCAACAUGAACCCUUGA